UUAGUAGUUUAUUAUCAAUUAGAAAGGGACCAAUGUUUAUCACAAUUUUUGUUUAUACCAUAACGCAAAUAUGUCGGAGUUAGAUUUUCUCGAGAUACUAAAAAUGUUUGAUAUAUUUCUUGCGCUGUUAGAGAAUUCCAGUCUCAGCGAAGACACGAACACUGAAAAUGUUGUCAAAGCCUUUAAAUGUGCUCAAUUCAUUGAAUCUGCGAUUGCUAAAGCUUACGAAAUUGGCAAGGAAAAUGUUCUCGAGAAUCAUCUACAUAAUCGUUGGUUAGACGAGAAUAGAACGAAGUUAUAUACAUGCUCUGAAUUGAAAAAAGCUUGCGACAAACUGUUAGAAGUCUAUUUGAAAGACGCUGCUAUUUCGACCGACGUCGUGGACGAGUUUUUGAAAUUGUACGUCCAAUAUUGCGGCAGCGACAGGCUAAACGAUUUUCUUAGACGCGUGGUAAUUAACGGAGUGUGUGCAAAUGUCGUCGUAGAAUCGUUAGAGAAUUUAGGCGUAUCCGAUUCCGAUAUACAGGACGAGGCAUUGAUCGUGUCUUGGGAAAUGUUAAUCGGUAACGGUAAUCAGUACGAGGUUUCGGAAUGCAUUCGCGAAAUGUAUAACGAUGGUUUGCAUUCGAAGCUCGUACAAUUUGCUGUUAGCUUGGACGAUAAAAGUAAAAUUAAGCAAUUAAUCGUUCGACUGCUAUCGAACAAACUCGUUGAGAACGAUCCAAACGUUUGUUUAACGCUCGUGAACGUAGAAAAGAAGUUGCUUUGUAAAUUAAUGCAAAGCGAUUCGGAGCUUUAUGCGAACUUCCUUGACGCUGUGUUCUAUUUUGCGCGUCACAUGAAACAAGUUGAAAAUCGUUGGACGUCGAACUGCGUAUUCGAGUAUGAUCACCUUCUCAGAGUAGUACGGAUAUUAGUAAAUGGUCCUGCAGGAAUUUCGGAAAUCAUAUACAGCAGAGUGAAUUUAGUUAAAAUGCAUCCCAAUGGUACGAUAUGGCAUAACAUUGAAAAAGAUAUCGGAUGAAUAGUUAUAGACACGGUGUACUUGUGAUCGUAGACUUAGCGUGCCAGAUAAUACGCCUUUUACCGCUGUAUUGAAAUAUGCUGCAGAAGAAUUUAAAGUGUCGCCA